AUGGAUGAAACAAACCCAUCUUCUGCAUGUGGCCAAUGUUUUGCCCGGAAUGCAAACCUCCCCUUACACCAGAUAACUCAUGAAGGGGAGAAGUCACAAAUAUGUUCCGAAUGUGGAAAAUGUUUUUCUCAGAAACAGCAAUUGUUAAGACACCAGAGAACCCACUCAGCGGCGAAGCCUUUUUUGUGUUCGGAAUGCGGAAAAUGUUUCAGCUGUACGACCAGGCUUAUUGAACACCAAAGAACUCACACGGGGGAGAAGCCAUAUUCCUGUUUGGAGUGCGGGAAAUUUUUUUCCCAGAAGUCAAAUCUUAUCACACACAAAAAAGUUCACAAGGGGGAGAAGCCGUAUUCAUGUCCUGAAUGCGGGAAGUCCUUCUCGUCGAAAUAUUUGCUGAUUAUCCACCACAGAGCUCACAUGGGGGAGAAGCCAUUUUCAUGUUCAGACUGCGGGAAAAGUUUUUCCCAGCGAGGACAGCUUAUCUUGCAUCAGAUGACCCACACAGGGGUGAAGCCAUAUUCAUGUUCAGAGUGUGGGAAGUGUUUUUCUGAAAGGUCGCAUCUUGCUAUCCACCAGACCACUCACACGGGGGUUAAGCCGUUUUCUUGUCCCGAAUGCAACGAAUGUUUUUCCCGUAAAUCGUCUCUUACAAGACAUGAUCGACUCCACACAGGAGUGAAGCCGUAUUCCUGUUCAGAAUGUGGGAAACGUUUUUCCCAAAGAGCCCAUCUUAUCUCUCAUCAGAAAAAUCACACGGGCGAGAAACCUUAUUCAUGUUCGGACUGCGGGAAGUCGUUUGCAGAAAGGUCGUCCCUUCUGAGACACAAAAAGGUUCACGUGGGACAAAUGCCAUUUUCGUGUUCUGAAUGUGGAAAAUGUUUUCUUCAGAAGUCGUCUCUCCUCGCCCACGAAAAGGUUCACACAGGGGAAAAGCUGUAUGCAUGUUCGGAAUGCGGGAAAAGUUUCUUCCGAAAAUCUUGUCUCAUCAAACAUCAGACGACUCACACAGGGGAGAAGCCAUUUCCUUGUUCCGAAUGCGGUGAAUGCUUUUCUUGGAAAUCUUCCCUUAUCAUACAUAAAAGAGUGCAUACGGGAGAAAAGCCGUAUAAGCCUUAUGCCUGUUCAGAAUGCGGGAAAUGCUUUACUGAUCGUGCAAACCUUGCCACACAUCAGAUAAUCCACAGAGGAAAUCUCCCGUAUUCCUGUUCUGAGUGCGGUAAAGGUUUUGCCAAGAAAUCAAAUCUAGCUGCUCAUAAUCGAAUCCAUACUGGAGUCAAACCGUAUUCAUGUUCGGAAUGUGGAAAGCAGUUUUCACAGAAAUCCUCUCUUGGAACGCAUCUCAUAUCUCACAGGUGA